UUUCUACCUUUCCAUGCUCAAUGUUCUUCAAAGUGUAGCUGGUAUGGACAUAAUGUGAUGCUCCAUCCACCAACUCUUUAUAGUGACUAAGCCAGCUCCAGUGCUCCAGUUUUGAUCUGACCAAGUCACCCUACCCUUAGUGGUUGGCAUAGUGAAAAGAGAAGAAUAUUUGUAAAAGUGGUGAUGUACUUUGUGUGUUCUUGGAUAAAAAAUAAGGAGAAACAACAUAGAGGAUGGUGAGAAAAAUAAGGAUUGAGAUUUUAAUUUAGUCCACCGAGUAAGGUUGACUGGAAUUUACAUGAAUUUUUUACUAAAUCAUAGUCAGACACAAUGUAGGAACCAACACAGAGGCAUGGGUUCACACCGUGGACCCUAAAGUACAUUUUUCCUAUUUUGUAAUCCUUCAAAAAUUUUCUCAUAGUCAUGGUGUGAGGUUCAUGCGGGGUAAUAGGUCUGUGUUGCAUAGCCUUUGAUAGUUUGAUAUUUAUGGAGGAGAAAACCCCUAGAUUUGUGAAAGGAAUCCAUCCCUUUGAGGAAGGACGUAUAAAGAAAAUUGAUUUAUUGCAAUACUGUCGGCCAUCUCUUUUUAGAAAGGUUCGAAGAAAGAUAGAAGAUGAUGAAGAAAAGGAGACCACGUUGAUGACCUCAACCCAUCGUCCAACUCACAACAGCAACAUGGGGGAUACGACUCUGACAAAGGUGUUUGUGGGAGGGUUGGCAUGGGAAACAACCAAGGAAGCCAUGAGAGAGCACUUUGACAAGUAUGGUGACAUCUUGGAAGCUGUCAUCAUCUCCGACAAGCUCACCGGCAGAUCCAAGGGCUAUGGCUUUGUGACCUUUAAGGACGCAGAAUCAGCCAAAAAAGCAUGCGAGGACGCCACCCCCAUUAUCAACGGUCGCCGAGCCAACUGUAAUCUGGCGUCCCUCGGCGCACGUCGUUCCAGGCCCUCUCCCUCCAUCACCCCCCCUCCUCCUCCUCCUCAACAAGGACCGAAUGUGGUAGGACCAAGGACCAGUUCAGCAUCACCUGCAAGUCACGUGCAGUGGUAUUAUCCUGCUGGGGCACCCCAAGCUGCAGCUCCGGCUUCACCCUUUCACCAUCAGCACCAUCAUCAGCCUCUUCCUUUCUAUGGGUAUUCUCCAGCUUAUAUUGCCACAGACAUGAAUUACAAUCAUAAACUAAGCUACAAUGGUGGGGGCUACAUGAAUGGGCAUUUCUCUCAAGUGUAUCCAAGUCAAGCAAUGAUGGGUGGCAACACAUUGAUGCCAAUGUACCCAUACUAUCACUUCCAUCAUCAGUCACAGACAAUGGGCCUUCCAGCCCAUAUGUACUCUCCAGCAGCUGCUGGCCCAAUGAAUGCAGUUCCGGCCCUUAUGUCAAAGCCUACAUCAAUUCCUCCUACUGCGGUUUGUUUGGCUGUGGAAUAGGUACAAUUGUGAUCAAUAGGGUGAUGACAAAGAGCAAUUAGAAGAAAUGUGGUGAUUGGAUCAAAUAACAAACGAGGAUGAGAGACUGCUCAGGACAAUGCUAUUAUUAGAGAUAUUCUGUAGUGGCUCUUCUAAUUAAUUUCCAAUUUCAUUUAUUUUUUUCUUUGUAAUUUUUCCAAGCAAGCAAAAAAAAAAUUAUUAUUGUCAAUCUGGGUGAUAGUUAGAUUUAUUCAUUUCCUGUC